UAUAAUGAUAAUUUAUUUUAUUUAUCCUUUUAAAUAUUAAUAUAUAUAUUUUGAACCGCCAUGACGUCCACCAUAUAUAUUCAUGACCUAUAUUUUGCUCGACACAAUGGAUUACCAUACGCUAUUGAUAACAUUGCUUUUUUCUCAAGUAAAUGGUUGGGUAGCAAACAGAUUAGAUGCAACUGGGCGACACAAAAGGUGCAACACCUUGUGAAGACAAGCAAAGCUCUGAUGUAAAUAGUGUUGUUGAAUUUACAAAUGGCUCUUCAGUGGAGGAUGGUAAAGAGACAGCAAACGAGGAUGCUCCUGAAAACAAUCCUCAGUUCACUACUGUUUAUGUCGAGAACCUUGCUCCCGAGGUAAAUCAGAUUGAACUACACCGCCAUUUCCAUGCCCUAGGUGCUGGAGUUAUCAAAGAGGUCCGUGUCCAGCGAGACAAAGGCUUUGGUUUUGUUAGAUAUAGCACUCAUGCCGAGGCUGCUCUCGCUAUUCAAAUGGGCAACUCUUAGCCUUAACUCUUCAACAGACAGAUAAAGUGUUUUUGGGGAAACAAGCCAACUCCACCAGGAACGGCCUCAAACCCACUUCUCCCACCGGCAUCAGCACAAGUCAUCCUGGGCCUAUCGGCAGCCGAGCUCUUAGCCUAUGAGCAACAAUUGGCAAUGAGCAAGAUGAUGAACCCCCAAUGCACCCUCUCAAGCAGGCGACGACUCUCGGAGUUGGUGCAGCCGUAGCAAGUGCUGCCAUUUACGACGGUGGCUUACAGAACCAGCAACUCUUGUACUACCUGUCAUAAAAUCCAUCCGGUACACAAUUUUCUCGGAGUCAGUCCUAUAUGUCCAGAGAUCUAUCUUUCUAUACAUAUACAUAUGUUUCACUCGUUAUGCCGCUAUGUAUAUAAUGUUUAUCUGCAGUUAUAUGAGUAGGUAUGUAUCUUAUUUGUAAGCCAUAACGUUGAUAUUCAAUAAGUAGGAUUUGGAAUGGAAGUCUA